AUGGAUCGGGACGAGUUGUUUGACAAGGCGCGCAACGACAUCUUGGAUAAUUUGGUUAGUCUGAGCAAAAUCUCCACGGCCACCUGGGAGAAGAAUAUCCGCGACCUGCUGUGGAAGAAGCUGCAGGGCUACGUGUUUGAAAAGAUUUUCGAACCGUCUCAACAACAGACCAACCUUGGGACUUAUCAAACUAUGGUGGAUGUCCUGCUGAGAGACUGGUCACAACACGAACUGCCCAACGCCUGCGUUGAAGCCGGUUGGGAGGUGCUCUACGAUCAGCUGGAACAGGCCGUAAAGAACGCCGAGCGAAGUCCCGGCUAUGAUCACAUCUUUGAUCGACUUAAACGCGAUGUCAUCCAGCAGACCCGCUCCCGACACCAGUGGGACUCCAAAGCCACCAAUCGCCUCCGUGUCAUACAAAAUACAACUCUCGAGGACCGCACCGUGCACACAAAGGCCCAAUGGGAUGCCGCGGUGAACUUCCUCGAGGAUGCGCUUUACGCGCGAAUGAAGGAAGUCAUCUGGUUGAUUCUAGACUGA